AUGCCUUCUACUCUGCAGAAUGCCCAGGCGGCUUGGGUGGAGCAGCUCGAGGCAAUGCGGAAAGCCAUUGCAGAGCUGGGUCUUCCGUCCGAACCCUCGCAGCGUGCAGCCUACGGCGACGACCUGAAUCUGGACAGCGAUGACCUCUCGGGGAUUAGCAGUGGCGACGACAUCUGGGACCUCGUCAGCAAUGAACCUGAGGAUGAGUACAGCAGCGGCUACUUGGAUGCCGAGUUUCAGCCACAGAUGAGCAAGUCGGUGUACGGCGAGCGGUGGUUGGCACAACAAUGCAUCGAGGUGACCUCUAGAGGGGAGGGGCUGGAUGCCAGUGUUCUGGAGGAGCAGCUUCUGUCCAUACUGGCGAGCGACAGCAACGACGAGGAACUGCAGAUGUUAUUAGCAGACAUCGUAGGAUAUGGAGAACUCGACUUGGUAGCAGAGCUGAUCUCUCAUCGGGCGGAGCUAGUGACGGCCCCACGAGCGCAAGCAUUGAAACCGGCGGUGAGGGGACACCUUCAAACAAAGGAGGAGAGGGAGGAGGCGCUUCGCCGGCAGGACUAUGCCCACAAGCAUGCGGUGCUUGCGCCGGCUCUCGAUAGAAAAGGCCCACAGUACCCGCACGUCUAUCGAACCCAUGAAGCGGGGAACAAACUCUCUGCGUAUGGCAAGAAAUAUGUCCUACCACACAACCACCAGCAUUAUGACGACAACAUAUACGAGGAAUACACGAUACCGGCCACGCCUGUGGGCACCAUUGCCGCUGGUCAAAAGUUGGUUGAAAUAGCAGACUUGGAUGGCCUUUGCCAGCGAACAUUCAAGGGAUACAAAUCCCUGAAUCGCAUGCAGAGUCUGGUCUACCCGGUUGCGUAUUCCACAAGUGAGAAUAUGCUCAUAUGCGCCCCCACCGGUGCAGGCAAGACGGAUGCAGCCAUGCUCACAAUCUUGAAUACCGUAGCAAAAUACACCAUUCCAAAUCCCAUAGAGAACCCGGAAGCUACCGACUUCACCGUCCUCUCCGAGGAUUUCAAGAUCAUUUACGUUGCACCCAUGAAGGCGCUCGCCGCCGAAGUGACUGAGAAACUGGGCAAGCGGCUUGCGUGGCUCGGUAUCAAAGCCCGUGAACUGACGGGGGAUAUGCAUUUGACCAAAAGAGAAAUAAUGGAAACCCAGAUCAUCGUAACGACGCCUGAGAAGUGGGAUGUGGUGACCAGAAAGAGUACCGGAGAUACCGGGUUGGUGCAGAAGGUCCGCUUGCUGAUCAUAGACGAGGUGCACAUGUUGCACGAUGAGCGUGGUGCGGUACUGGAGAGCUUGGUGGCAAGAACGCAGCGGCAGGUUGAGAGUACGCAGUCACUGAUUCGGAUCGUUGGACUGUCUGCCACCCUUCCCAACUAUGUCGAUGUCGCCGACUUUCUCAGAGUGAACAGAAUGGCUGGCCUCUUCUACUUCGACGCGUCCUUCCGCCCCGUGCCUCUCGAACAGCAUUUCAUUGGAGUCAAGGGGAAGCCCGGUACCGCAAAAUCGAGGGAGAAUCUGGAGAACACUGCGUUCGACAAAGUGGCAGACAUGCUUAGGCUUGGCCACCAGGUCAUGGUGUUCGUCCAUUCCCGAAAAGAUACUGUCAAGUCAGCCAGAACGCUAUAUGAGAAGGCGAUGGAAAAUCAAUGCACCGAGCUGUUUGACCCGACUGGCCACCCGCGCUAUGACAUGGCCGUACGUGACAUGAAGCAGUCCAGAGGAAGAGAAUUGCGCGAGCUGCUGCCGAAAGGAAUGGGUACCCACCAUGCGGGCAUGCCUCGGUCUGAUCGAAAUCUCAUUGAGCGACUUUUCGCCGAAGGCGUCAUCAAGGUCCUGUGCUGUACUGCAACACUAGCUUGGGGUGUCAAUUUGCCGGCCGCCGCGGUCAUCAUCAAGGGCACUCAAGUCUACAGUGCGCAAGAGGGAAAGUUCACCGAUCUUGGGAUUCUCGAUGUAUUGCAGAUCUUUGGUCGAGCAGGUCGUCCGCAGUUUCAAGAUACCGGCAUCGGUUUUAUCUGUACCACACACGACCGACUGGAUCACUAUCUGAGGGCCGUUACGGAGCAGCAACCCAUCGAAUCGCGAUUCUCAGCCAAGCUUGUCGACAAUCUCAAUGCAGAGAUAGCACUCGGCACUGUGACCACUGUACAAGAGGCCGUACAAUGGCUGGGCUACUCCUAUCUCUUUGUUCGUAUGCAGCGAAGCCCUAUGAACUACGGCAUCGAGUGGGCGGAGAUCAGCAACGACCCCCAGCUUGUUCAGCGGCGGAGGAAGCUCAUCGUUGACGCGGCAAGAGUGCUCCAGAAGAGUCAGAUGAUCAUUUUCAACGAGACGACAGAGGAUCUGCGUUCAAAGGAUGUUGGUCGCAUCGCCAGUCAAUUCUACGUCCAGCAAACAAGUAUCGAGAUUUUCAAUACAAUGAUGACUCCUCAGACCUCCGACGCUGAUGCUCUGGCCAUAGUCAGUAUGAGCGGCGAGUUCGAUCAGAUACAAGCGCGUGAUACGGAGGAAAAAGAGCUGUCAGCACUUCAAGAGGAAGGAUAUGUAGUGGCCGAGGUCAAAGGCGGCGUGGGAACACCCCACGGCAAGACCAACGUCCUGUUGCAGGCCCAUAUAUCUCGUGCGCGACUGGAAGACUUCACGCUAGUCUCUGACACCAAUUACAUCACGCAAAAUGCUCAGCGUAUCGCGCGUGCGCUCUUCAUGAUAGCACUCAAUCGGCGCUGGGGAUACCAGUGUCAAGUCCUGCUCAGCCUCUGCCUGUCCAUCGAGCGCCAGGUGUGGGCCUAUGAACACCCCCUCCAUCAGUUCGACCUUCCUCAACCGGUCUUGCGUCACUUGGACGAGAAGUACGCAGUCACUUCCAUUCCCGCCCUGCGCGACAUGGAACCCGCUGAGAUUGGGCAGCUUGUGCAUAACCAGAAGAUGGGCAUGGUCAUAUCAAAGAUUCUGGAUAACUUCCCUACCCUGAGCAUUGAAUCUGAGAUAGCGCCCCUGAACCGUGACGUACUCCGUAUCCGGCUUUGGCUCACCCCAGACUUCAAGUGGAAUGAUCGUCAUCAUGGGACUUCAGAGUCCUUCUGGGUCUGGGUGGAGAACUCCGAGACGUCUGAGAUCUAUCAUUACGAGUUCUUUAUCCUUUCCCGGAAGAAACUCUACGAUGACCAUGAGCUGAACUUCACGAUUCCGCUCUCGGACCCUCUACCUUCGCAAAUUUACGUGAGAGCUCUUUCGGACCGCUGGUUGGGGGCGGAGACAGUGCACCCCAUUUCGUUCCAACACUUAAUCCGACCGGAUACAGAAAGCGUCUACACGGAUCUUCUCAAUCUCCAACCUUUACCCAUCACGGCCUUGAAAAACCCACUCUUGGAAGAGCUGUACGGCCAGCGUUUUCAAUACUUCAACCCCAUGCAAACGCAGAUCUUCCACUGCCUCUAUCAUACCCCCGCAAACGUACUACUGGGAUCUCCCACCGGUAGCGGCAAGACAGUGGCUGCCGAGCUUGCGAUGUGGUGGGCAUUUAGAGAGAGGCCCGGAUCGAAAGUCGUAUAUAUCGCCCCGAUGAAGGCCCUUGUCCGCGAGCGAGUGCAAGAUUGGGGGAAAAGACUUGCCGGUCCGAUGGGACUGAAACUCGUCGAGUUGACUGGCGACAAUACACCGGACACUCGGACUAUACGAGAUGCUGAUAUCAUCAUCACCACCCCGGAAAAGUGGGACGGGAUAAGCCGCAGCUGGCAAACCCGCGGUUAUGUCAGACAGGUCAGCCUGGUCAUUAUCGACGAGAUCCAUUUGCUUGGUGGUGAUCGUGGGCCAAUUCUCGAAAUCAUCGUGUCCAGAAUGAACUAUAUCGCUUCCCAAAGCAAAGGAUCCGUACGACUCUUGGGCAUGUCCACAGCGUGUGCCAAUGCCACCGAUCUUGGAAACUGGCUGGGGGUGAAGGAGGGCCUGUUUAAUUUCCGCCACUCCGUUCGGCCAGUCCCUCUUGAGAUAUUCAUCGAUGGUUUCCCGGAGCAGCGUGGCUUUUGUGCUCUCAUGCAGUCGAUGAACAGGCCGACGUUUUUGGCCAUCAAGGCGCAUUCUCCAGAUAAGCCAGUCAUUGUAUUUGUCGCCUCACGCCGACAAACUCGUCUCACAGCGCGGGAUCUCAUCAAUUUCUGCGGCAUGGAAGAUAACCCGCGACGGUUCCUACAUAUGUCCGAGGAUGAUCUCGCGCUGAAUCUCGCCCGGGUAAAGGACGAGGCGUUGCGAGAGGCGCUCAGCUUCGGUAUAGGCCUCCAUCAUGCUGGUCUUGUGGAGUCCGACCGGUCCUUAUCCGAAGAGCUGUUUGCGAACAAUAAGAUUCAGAUCCUUGUAGCCACAAGUACACUUGCCUGGGGCGUCAACCUUCCAGCUCAUUUAGUAGUCGUUAAAGGCACCCAAUUCUUCGACGCAAAAACAGAGGGUUACAAGGAUAUGGAUUUGACAGAUGUCCUUCAGAUGCUUGGUCGCGCUGGACGCCCGCAGUUCGACUCCUCCGGCAUUGCACGCAUUUUCACGCAGGAUGCAAAGAAAGAAUUCUAUAAGCACUUUCUCCACACGGGGUUUCCUGUCGAGUCUUCGCUUCAUCAGGUUUUGGACGAUCAUCUUGGUGCUGAAAUCGCGGCUGGCACGAUUGCAACGAAACAAGAUGCUCUUGACUACUUGACUUGGACAUUCUUCUUCAGGCGCCUUCACAAAAAUCCAUCCUUCUAUGGACUCGAAAUCUCUGCUGAGGAACACAACACCGUUGCCGCCCAAACUAUGGCCGAUGACUACAUGGUGAAGCUAGUCGAAACAUCGCUGAAGGAACUCGCUGAAUCGUCAUGCAUAUCAAUGGAGGGGGACGAGAUUGGUUCUACAGCACUCGGAAAGAUCAUGAGUUAUUACUACCUUUCACACAAAACUAUAAGGCAUUUGGUCAAGCACGCCAAGCGAGCGGCCUCGUUUUCCGAUGCCCUAACGUGGAUCUCUCAAGCCACGGAAUACGAUGAGCUCCCAGUCCGGCACAAUGAAGACCUGAUCAAUGCAGAACUCUCAAAUGCGCUUCCCUUGAAAGCCGACAGUUUCGGCCUUCCUAUGUGGGAUCCUCACGUAAAGUCUUUUCUCCUCCUCCAAGCCUACUUCUCGCGCAUCGAUUUGCCAAUAUCAGACUAUGUUGGUGAUUUGACGAGCGUUCUCGACCAAAGUAUCCGUAUCGUACAGGCCGCUAUCGAUGUUUUGACGGAAAUGGGGUAUCUUUCAAGUGUAGAGGCUUUGAUCACCCUCUUGCAAGCUAUCAAGUCUGCUCGGUGGCCUACUGAUGGCCCUCUGUCCAUCUUCCCGGGAGUGGACGUGGAUCAGGAGAAGAAACGUCUGGAGCACCCGAAAGCUUACCCGACCAAUCUCGUGGAAGCCACAACAGCCCCUUCCGGGGUGGUCGAAAAAGCCGGACGACUUGCUGGAGUUCCUGGUGCGGUAAUGAAACGGUUCCAUGAAGCGGUUUCUAGAUUACCCGUUCUCAAGGUUGAAGUGGGAAGUGUGACCGCCGCGUCUAUCCAGGUCAACCUGCGUCGGAUCAAUCCAGCGAGAAGCGGGCAAGAAGGCGUGCGCAUCUAUGCUCCACGGCACCCAAAGCCGCAGUCGGAGGGCUACUUUGUCAUUCUAAGCUACUCUGGCACCGACGAGCUAGUUGCACUCAAGCGCGUGAGUUGGAACACAGGUUCGGAGAGGAGUGCCGCCUCGCAGCCGAAUUCCAAACUCUCUGCCACUGCCAACAUGAGGAUUCCGCCGGAAGUGCAAGGCAAAAAAUUAGACGUCACAGUCCUGAGCGAUGCAUAUAUCGGGAUGAAGUGGGCAGUCAGAGGGGUAGAUGUCCCACAGGCACCGACUGUAGAGGAUGGAAAGGAAAAACAGAAAUCUUGA